AACUCACUAGACCUUGACCAUGAUCAUUUCCUCUUUUCAAACCUCCGUGGCAGUUUUUGCGCUAAUUAUUCUGCAUGUCAGUGCUUUGGAUACUUUCAAAGCUGCAGUAUAUGAACAUGCUGUCAUAUUGCCAAAUGACACAGAAACACCCGUUUCUCAGGAUUAUGCCUUGCUCCUCAUGAACAGGAAUAUAGAUAUUCUGGAGAGAGCAAUUAAGCAGGCUGCUGAACAGGGUGCUCAGAUCAUUGUGACUCCGGAAGAUGCAAUUUACGGAUGGAAAUUUACCAGGGAAGCCAUUUUCCCUUAUCUGGAGGAUAUUCCAGAUCCUCUGGUGAAUUGGAUUCCAUGUCAAGACCCACACAGAUUUGGUCAUACACCAGUACAAGCAAGACUCAGCUGCCUGGCCAAGGACAACUCUAUCUAUGUCGUGGCAAAUAUCGGGGACAAAAAGCCAUGUCAUUCCCGUGACUCCGCGUGUCCUCCUAAUGGCCAUUAUCAAUACAACACCAACGUGGUGUAUGAUGCAAAUGGAAAGCUGGUGGCACGUUACCAUAAGUACAACCUCUACUCUGAGCUUCAGUUUGAUGUCCCCGAAAAGCCGGAGCUGGUGACUUUCAACACCUCCUUUGGGAAGUUUGGCAUUUUCACGUGCUUUGAUAUCCUCUUCCAUGAUCCUGCUGUGACCCUGGUGAAAGAUUUCCACGUGGACACUAUAUUGUUUCCCACAGCUUGGAUGAAUGUUUUGCCCUUUUUGACAGCUAUUGAGUUUCAUUCAGCUUGGGCAAUGGGAAUGAGAGUUAAUCUUCUUGUGGCCAACACACAUAAUGUCCGCCUAAAAAUGACAGGCAGUGGUAUCUAUGCACCACACUCUCCCAAAGCGUACCAUUAUGAUAUGGAAACAGAGUUGGGAAAGAUCCUCUUUGCAGAGGUGGAUUCGUAUCCCCGAAACUCUCCAACCUACCCACCAGCUGUGAAUUGGAGUGCCUACGCCACCACCAUCAAACCAUUCCCAGGACAGAAAAAUUCCUUUAGGGGCUUUAUUUCCCGGGAUGAGUUCAACUUCACAGAACUCUUUGAAAAUGCAGGAAACCUUACAGUCUGUCAAAAAGAGCUGUGCUGUCAUUUAAGCUACAGAAUGUUAGGAAAAGAGAAUGAAGUGUAUGUUCUAGGAGCUUUUGCUGGACUUCAUGGCAGAAGGAGAAGAGAGUAUUGGCAGGUAUGCACAAUGGUGAAAUGUAAAUCUACUAAUCUGGCAACUUGUGGACAGCCAGUAGACACUGCUCUGACAAGAUUUGAAAUGUUCUCCCUAAGUGGCACAUUUAGAACGGAGUAUGUUUUUCCUGAAGUGCUACUUACUAAAAUCAAUCUGGCACCUGGAAAAUUUGAGGUACUAAAAGAUGGGCGUUUGGUAAACAAGAAUGGAUCAUCUGAGCCUAUCCUAACAGUGUCACUGUUUGGCAGAUGGUACACUAAAGACGUACGUUCCAUCUCAGAAAGUGGAAUCUGCUCACCGGAGGCUGUCAAGGUGUAUUACUAUGAAAUGGAAACAGAGAGUGGCCAGCUGAUGCUCUCAGAAUUGAAGUCCCGGCCUUGAAGAGAACCCAGUUACUCUGCAGCUGUUCACUGGAGUGCUUAUGCCAGAGGUGUCAAGCCAUUCUCAUCUGAACGGUUGAAUUUUCCAGGGAUGAUUUAUUUUGAUGCGUUCACCUUCACCAAGCUUAAGAGAAACACAGGAAAUUACACAGUUUGUCCGAAAGACCUGUGCUGUCACUUAACUUACAAGAUGUCUGAGAAAUGAAACAGUGAGGUGUACGCACUAGGUGCCUUUGACAGCCUGCACAUGGUAGAAGGCCAGUAUUACUUACAGGUAGAAACACUCAAAUAUGUUAGAAUGGCUCUUCUACUGAUUUGUCUUCUAGGUCAUCAUUGCAUUUCUUUAAGAAUUGUGCUGGAUUCAGUUAAUUGGAAUGGUGUUACAUUUGUCACUGAACUUUUCUCCCUAGAACACAUUAUUUGUUCAGUCUUAGUGAAAACAGAAUUAGAGCUGCAAGGUAAAAACAGGAAGCAGAUUGAUUAGCUCUCAGCAGACUGGGUUCAAGUUUAAAAAGCUACAACCCCCAUAUACUCUCUUUUUCUGUCAGGUUACUUUACAGCUGUGUUUUGCAAACUGUCUUCAACUAGAGUCCAGAGCAAGAAGUCCAUUUCACAUCAUAAAUAAGCACAGUCAAGAUGUAUGACUGA